AUGGGCACUGGCAAGUACCAAAUGCAAAGGGAACCAUUGGGUCUCGAUAUGGGGAACGAUGCCUCAAUUGGUCGAGCCUCAAAAUCUGCCAUCGCCGCCAUAUUGUACAUCACGCAAGAUGCUCCGACCAUCCGGCUGCAGAUCUCGAACGCCUUCGGCAUUUCAGACCUUCCAAUUACGGCUGUGACCAUCGCGGUGCCUCUGAAUGGCUCCGCCGGGACGAGUGCAAUCAAGACCGAGAGUGUCAAGCCACUCACCUUUUCUGGACACGCGGACUUCAUCGUGCCCAACGGCGCCCGCGUCGUCAGCGACCCGGUGGACUAUCCCGUCGAGGCGGAGCAGAUCCUGACCAUCAGCAUCUACCUCGCGGCCGGCCAGAGCACCAACUACAUCACCGGCCACCCGGGCAGUCGCACGACGUCGUUCUAUGCUCCCGGGAACCGAGUGGACGCUGCUGAUAUUGCGGACGAUGCGGCCGCGCAGCACACUGACCACUGGUAUUUCAUCAGCAACAUCGACGGGUGGCUCCCUGGUGCUUCUAGUGCCCUUGUCAUCGUGGGGGAUAGUAUCACCGAUGGACGAGGCUCUACGACGAACAAUAAUGAUCGUUGGCCGGAUCGAUUGCUUGCACGCUUGCAGAACGACUCCUCCACCAACAAUAUAGCAGUCGUCAACCAGGCCGCCGGGGGCAAUAGAGUUCUCUAUGAUGGUUUAGGUCCAAAUGCCCUGGGGCGCAUCGACAGAGACGUGAUCGUGCAGUCCGGAGCGAAGUAUGCGCUGUUGUACGAAGGGGUGAACGACAUCGGCAUGGCAGAUACAGACGCCGCCACGCAGGAGACCGUGGGAACACGGCUGAUCGGGGCCUACGACCAGGUCAUCUCGCGCCUUCAUACCUUCGGCAUCCCCGUGUUCGGCGCAACGAUCACGCCCUUCAGCGGACCCGGCCAGGCGUACAGUGACGCCAACAGGGAAGCAACGCGCCAGCGCGUGAACGAAUGGAUACGGCACGGCGGCCGGUUCGACGCCGUGGUUGACUUCGACGAGGCGGUUCGGGACCCGGCGAAUGCGACGCAGCUGGCUUCGGCGUAUAAUAGCGGUGACUACCUGCAUCUGAACCCAGAGGGAUAUCGAGUCAUGGCGGAGGCCGUGGACAUUUCCCUGUUUGCACGGUUCAAGGGCGGUGUGCACAGCAUGACUUGA